AUGCUCCGCUUGACUGCAGGGCGCGUGGGAAGCCUCCUGACCAGGCGCGCGACCGCGGCCUUAUCCACUAGUAGCGCGAGGAUGGCAAGCCACGGUCACGAGGUGUCAGAGACUGUGGACAUGUCUCAGCCAUUGUACUGGGACCGUCUGGACACUCCACUGCCUGACAGACCCUUCAAAGAUAUUGUGUCUGCUGCUGACAAGAGUCUGAAACAGAAGGAGAAGGGACCCUGGAGCCAGCUGACCAAAGAGGAGAAGAUUGCCUUGUAUCGGCUGAUGUUCUGUCAGACCUACGCAGAGAUGAAGAAGCCGUCAUCAGAGUGGAAGACCGUCAUGGGUGGCAUCUUCAUCUUUCUGGGCUUUACUGGUCUGGUGGUCUGGUGGCAAUCAAUAUACGUCUACCCUCCUCGCCCCAGGACUUUUGAUCCAGAGUGGCAGGCCAAACAGGUUAAGAGGAUGUUAGACAUGAGGGUCAACCCUGUCGAAGGCUUUGCCGGCAAGUGGGACUAUGAGAAGGGCCAGUGGAAGUAAAAGCAGAGGGGCUGCCGCAGAAGUGGCACAGCAUUUGGACCCGUUACACCAGACCAGUAUGGAUUUGUACUCCGAGGCUGCUGUUAACGUAGUAAAAUGUGUGUGUUUUAGCAGUGUAACCACUAUAUAUGCUGAGCUAAUCCAACGUCCUCAUCUCUGGGGUAACUUUAUAUUCUGUGUCACUUCUGCUCAGUCUAUAAUAUCAAAUCACUGAAACCGUCAUCGUGGUGGUAACCAUCCGUCCUCUUGUAACCAUAAUAAAGUUUUGGUUAUUUCUCCAACCACACUUUUCUGUUAUUUUGUCAUAUGUCUGAUCAGUGCCUCAUGUGAUUGCUUCUCUAGAGGAAAAAUCAAUAUUGCUUUGACAAAUUAAUGGAUAAAAUGUGACUGUAUGAAGAAAAUAUUUAAACAAGUAAUAAAAUAAAACACCACUGAA